CUCCUGUUUUCCUCCUAUCGGCAGCAUCCAUAACUAUAGCGCAGCCAUCCUCAUCACACGUUUUGCUCCCCUCCUCCUCUUUCUCUCACCGCCACAUCUCUCUCCUUUGCGUCUCUCGUCCCUUCAAUCCCACCUCCACCUCCCCAUCUUGGUCCCUCAUUUGUCUGACGCACGACACGGAGACGAACCCGGGGAAACUAAGCCAAAAAGAAGAGAAAAAAAAAACAGCUGAUGCCUGAGCAAACACCGAUAUGAUCCAUAUACUCCCACUGUUGCUGCACUGGACAGAGACAAGGUCCUGAAGCCGAGAGGAAAACACUGUCACCCUGCUACACUGCUGAGCGCUCGCCCGAGAGGCGGCGGAGUGAAGUAGGAGGAGGAGGAGGGAAGGGGUGGAAGAGGAAGUGGACGGGCAGAAGUCGAAGACUUGCAUUUUAAGCAAACUGCUUAGAAAAAAAGAGGGAGACGAGAAAGAAGAGGGUAGAGUCAGAGUCACCGGAGAGUGAGAGUGGGAGAGAAAACAUUCUUAUCACGUCUUCAUUUCUCCUCUCUCCUCUCUUUUUCCUCAGCCACUGAAAGAGGGUGAGGAAAGAGGGAGAGAGGGGAGAAAGAGAGAGCAAGGAGGAAAGAGAUCUAACGAGACUCAAACUAUUGGUCUUUUCCCUGAUGCUUUCCAAAUGCACCACGAAAAUAAGCCCGGCAUCGGACGGUGAGCGGAACGCACCGGGCAACAACACACAUCGCAGAAGGAUAUGUGAAGUUGGAAUCCCACUAAACUAAGCGGCGGAAUCAAUAGAUCCAGGAGGAUUACACUCGGAGAAUUUCACAGGGUGGAGAUAAUGUGCACGGAACUAUUCUUUUUUUAACCAGAACAUAUUCUGGUUUAAACAGUCGUAUCUUUUUUAUUGGAUUACUUUUUCCUCUUCUCCGUCCCAAUGGGGUUUUAUUUAUUCGUUUUUCAGCACAACGGACAGCGGCUCAGAUCGGCACACGGUCCCACGCGCAUGUUUGGAUUUUCAACACCUUCAUUUGAGCGGACAGCAUUCUGAAUACAUGAGUGUGUAUGCAUGACAAGUCAGAGGGACAAAACAUCUAAGGUUGUGUGUGUGGUUGUGUGUGUCAGAGAGAGAGGGAUAGAGAGUGGGAGAGAGCGAUAAAAAAAGACGUGGGGAGAGAUUUUACAGAUAGACUAACAACGACUGAGCAAACAUUUCUAUCAAUACCUGCUUUUUAAUUCGGAGUCAAAAUUUAGUAGCCCAGGGCAUUUUUAAUGAGGUAGGUAUCGUAAUUAUGAGUACUUUUCUGUCUAUUUGAAGGUUACCGGACUCUACUAAAACACUGCCUCUUAAUUGCGUUUCUCGAGCUUCGCCCAUUGCGCUUCUCAUUUGUGCCGAUGUUCCUCAAAACAUACAAGAGCAUUACCAACAGAGAAAAACUCCAGAAGUUGCAUUAAAUUUACAUUGGACAAAUUAAAGCUCGGGGUGCACUUUAAAAACCGACAUUUUACUGCCAUAUUGAACAUUCGGAUAAUGGAGAAAGAAAAAAAAAACACUGGAGGGAUUUUUAUUUUCUUUUCCUCCAGCUCGCAUUUCCUGUCAUUGGACCUAUUGGACUAUCUUUUUCCUUUCUCACAGAGUCAUUAAUUGCUUUUCAUUGACGUUUAGAACAUAUAGGCCUUGCCUUACCUUUAGUAAUAUACAAGCAGUAUUUUCAUAGCACAGGCAUUUGUUACAUCAGAUUAACAGGAGUCAAAGACUGGGAUAAACACAUGUGUUGUGACUGACUUAUAGAGCAAAAAUCUCAACAAAAUCCUUAUUUAUUCCCACUGUGAAUCAUGGAGCUGACACUCUCCAGACUCCUGUGUUAAAGGCUCAAUGCACCAACUCAAAAUCCUACUUAGUAUUUUGAACCCCCAUAUUCGUAUCUUGAAAAAGGGGUAGAAGUCCCUGUUAUGUAAUAAAUGAGGCAAAGGGCCAGUGUCUCCUCACUCGCCUACUGUUGGCUCCAUUUAUUCAUAGCGAUAAGCAUCUUUGCUUUGAUUUAUUGCGACCUUACCAGCACAUCUGCUGUAUAAUAGAUGGUGUUCCUGUCUACAUAGUGAAGUUAACUGAAUGUUUGUAGAGAUUUGUUUGUGUUGUUGGGUAUCAUAUUAUUCAUUCAAGAGCCCUCGUCUUAUAUUUUGUUUGAAAUACCCAGCAAUAUUGCAGAAUCUGAAGUGGUCUCCAAUGGCAUUCUAUUAUUCAUUGGUAUUCAUUUCAAAGCUUGCCUUCCAGUCUACUGAAGCUAAUGCUCUCUUCCUCAUUCCUCUGUCCUCUCUAUCUGCCUGUCACCUUAAACCUUACUUUGUGAGUGUGUGUGUGUGUGUACCUGUGUGUGUAAUCCCAACCUCAAAACCUUCCCGCCUCCUUUCCCACCCACUCUUGCAUUGUCUUUUUCUCUUCUCUAUUGCAGUGCUGUGAAGUGGCUCUGUCCCUGGAGCCAACACUUCAUCCCCUUGGUGUCAGCGAGGAUGCUGUGGGUUACCUUGCUGAGCACCAUAGCCUUAGGAUGGACCACACCAAUCCCACUACUAGAGGACUCCGAAGAGAUCGACGAGCCCUGCUUCGAGCCCUGUUACUGCGAGGUCAAGGAGGGCAUCUUCCACGUCCACUGUGACAGUAAAGGAUUUACAAAUGUCAGCCAGAUUUCCCAGAUAUGGAGCAGGCCCUUCAAGCUCAACCUGCAGAGAAACUCGAUGAGGAAGCUUUAUUUUAACAGCUUCCUCCACCUUAACAAUGCCAUAUCCAUAAAUCUGGGUAAUAACGCCUUGCAAGAUAUCCAUGCUGGGGCAUUCAAUGGCCUAGGAAUACUCAAACGGCUGUUCCUCCAUGAAAACAAACUUGAAGUUUUCAGGAAUGAUACAUUUCUAGGGUUGGAGAGUUUAGAGUAUCUCCAGGCAGACUAUAAUGUUAUCAAAAGGAUUGAAAGUGGUGCAUUCAGACACCUUCAUAAAUUGAGAGUGCUUAUACUAAAUGACAAUCUGAUCCCUGUACUACCAAACUAUCUUUUUCGAUCUGUGUCCCUCACACAUCUGGACUUGAGAGGAAACAGACUUAAGACAUUACCUUAUAAGGGCACACUGGAGUAUAUUGGGAGGAGCUUGAUGGAAAUCCAGCUGGAAGAGAAUCCUUGGAACUGUGUGUGUGAGAUUGUCCAGUUAAAAACAUGGCUGGAAAGAAUCCCUUAUACAGCUUUGGUGGGUGAGAUUACGUGUGAGUACCCAUUCCACUUACACGGCAAAGACUUACGGGAAAUCAAGCGCAGUGAGCUCUGUCCUCUGCUCUCUGAUGCGGAGAUCGAGGCCAAGCUGGGAAUUCCUCGGGUUCCUUUCAGCAAUGAGAACACUUGGCCUACUAAACCUUCCUCCAUGCUCUCCUCCUUUCACAACACAGCCUCUUCUGUGGAGUACAAGGAAAGAGCUGUUAAGCCUACCAAACGUCCCCGGCCAACAAAGAAUCCCCCAACUCCUCGUAGCAUCUAUCCAGGCAUCAACCAGCCCCCCAUUGCUGGUUACCAAACAAGACCUCCCAUUCCAAUCAUUUGUCCAGCUGGAUGUAUUUGCAACCUUCACAUCAAUGAUCUGGGCCUAACGGUGAACUGUAAAGAGAAAGGCUUUCACAAUAUCUCAGAGCUCUUGCCACGGCCCCUCAAUGCCAAGAAAUUAUAUCUCAGUGGGAACCUAAUACAGAAAAUCUACCGUUCAGAUUUCUGGAACUUCUCAAGUUUGGAUUUACUGCAUUUAGGGAACAAUCGGAUAUCCUAUGUACAGGAGGGCGCCUUUAUUAACCUACCAAACUUGAAGAGUUUAUAUCUGAAUGGGAACGACAUUGAGCGACUCACACCUGGGAUGUUUCGGGGGCUUCAGAUGUUGAGUUAUCUUUACUUUGAAUAUAAUGUCAUACGUGAGAUCCAUCCUCACUCAUUCUCCCUUAUGCCAAACCUCCAGUUGGUUUUUCUUAAUGACAACCUGCUACGCUCCCUUCCCACUGAUGCCUUUGCUGGCACCAACCUUGCACGUCUUAACCUCCGUAACAAUUACUUCCUUUCCCUGCCUGUGCAUGGUGUCCUGGAGCAUCUGACCUCCAUUGUGCAGAUUGAUCUUCAUCAGAACCCCUGGGACUGCUCCUGUGACAUCAUUCCCCUCAAGCAGUGGCUGGAAAAACUCUCCUCUGUCAUUGUGGUUGGCGAUGUCAUCUGCAAGACCCCAGAAUUUGCUUUUGGAAAGGACCUUCGCUCGCUUGAGAUUGAGGUCCUAUGUCCUGAGCUCAAAUACUCCUCAGGCCCCUCCCCGGCGCUGCCUGGUGGGGAUGACUUGACCACGGGGAGCUCUGACCUGGGGGAGGCAGGUGGGAGAGGGGCUGUGCCACUAUCGGUCCUCAUUCUCAGCCUACUCAUCCUUUUCAUCUCAGCUGUGUUUGUGGCUGCUGGGCUUUUUGCCUUUGUUCUCCGACGCAGGAAGAAGUUGCCUUUUCGCAAACGUUCUGAGGUAGAUCUGACAGGGAUCCAAAUGCAAUGCCGAAUUUUUGAGGACCCCCCAAGGCAAAGCAGUGCUGGGAACAAUGGCACUCCAGAAAAACCAAUGCCCAGUAUGCACACACACACUCACACUAGUCACACACAUGCUCAUGGACACGUUUAUGAUUACAUCCCCCAUCCAGUAACUCAGAUGUGUAACAACCCAAUCUAUAAGCCUAGAGAGGGGGAGAUAGCUGACCAAGAGAAUGCACAGCUUUUAGAAAAGAAAGACAAUGGCAGCGGUAGCAACAGUAACUACAGAACCUUAUUAGAGAAAGAGAGAGAGUGGACUUUGGCUGUUUCCAACUCUCAACUCAACACCAUUGUUACAGUCAACCACACCACAGCUGACUUGGCAGGAUUUCAUGAGAAUGGAGGGCUCUGCCCCACAGUGAUUGACAGUCAAAGGCCUACACCAACAGUGGGCUUUGUAGACUGUUUAUAUGGGACUGUACCCAAACUAAAGGACAUGCACGUUGCACAUGCACACCCACCAGGCAUGCAGUACCCAGAUUUGCAGCAGGAUGCGCGUCUGAAGGAGACAUUGCUUUUCACGGCGGGGAAAGGCUGCUACCCUGAUCCGUCACAAAGCGAUUACCUCGAGUUAAGGGCCAAACUUCAAACCAAGCCAGAUUACCUCGAAGUCUUGGAAAAAUCUUACCGGUUUUAACAUCUCCAGCCCAUUUGGGUGAAAAAUAAAGAAUAAUAAAUAAAUAAAAAUCACAAAGUCAACAUAUUCACUUUGUCACAUUCAAAAUAAAUUCACCCAAAAUACUAAAAACUAAACUUGAAAAAAGCAUGAUAAAAAAUUUAAUAUCUUACAGUCACAAUGUUCCCCCAAAUCAAUUUGGAGGAGAGGUCAUUCUCAGAUAUUUCUAUUAAGUGCCUUUUUUCAGAGUAGCCAGCAAUGUCAACAACCGUUAUUUUUAUAAUAUAUAAAUAUCUUUACAUGCCCACAUGAGAGCAAAAGAGGAACAAGAAGGGCAUUGGGGAUUAAACCUACAGAAAUCUUACAUCUGUUAUUAAAAUCAAUUUUUAUGGAGUUACCAUGAUGUGCUACCACUUAUCGAGAAGACAAACGGGAGCUGGACGUCUCCCUGACUUGGGGUUUUUCUUUCAGUCUCUUUUUCCCCCAACUAGGAUGUACAAAAAUGGGGAGGCUGUGCACAUGAAGUUUGUAGGAGAUUAUCAAAAGAGAGAAAAAAAAUACUCAUAUUAAAAAUGAACUGCAGUUUGCUGCAUGCACUCGCUUCAGUGCAGGAAGUGAGAGGAUUUACUCAGAACUAUAACGUCGCAUUCUGAACAGAGAUACUGCAACACAUUUACAGUUCAGUGUUCUAUUUAAUUUUUAUAUCUUAUUAAUAUGGUUAUUACUAUUAAUGAGAACUUCUGUCUAUAUCAGGGUGCUUCUCGUAAAAAAAGGAUGCGCCGACGCAUGGACAAUGCCGAGGGUUUUCUGGAUAUUUCCACACACUUUGUUAAGACUCCCCACCCGUUUCUUCUCCCCCCCUUCAUUGCUUCUGGAUUCCCCAUUGCCACCCACUAACGGCUUUGUAGGAGGCACUUUUAAUGUUUUCUUUCUCACAAAGAUUUGAAGAAAAAUGUGCAUAUAUUUAUUCUGUAAUUUCAGUGAAGAAUUUAAUUGUAAAGGUAAAUGUUAAAUCAAUGUAUAGUGAUUAUGCGUCUGGUAUAGCCUUCUUAAUAAAAACAAGCUCUUCAAUCAA